CCCGAGGGAAGAGGACACCAGAGAACAUCCACGCUUGAACAUCCACAUCUCGCCUUCUCACAGAAGCUCUCCAGGAAGGAACACAGGAGUUCAGAAGAUGAAAGGUGCCCACUCCUUGGCUGGUCUCCUGCUUCUGGUCCUGGUCCAGAGCAGCUGGCAGGUGCCUGAUGGAGACUCAGAGGAUGACUCCAGCCUGACAGAGGACUCGAUGUUCAACGACCCAAGCGAGCUCACAGCCAUGAAGAGACACUCAGAGGGAACCUUCUCCAACGACUACAGUAAAUACCUGGAGACGAGGAGAGCACAAGAUUUCGUCCAGUGGUUGAAAAAUUCAAAGAGAAGUGGGAACCCCAGCAGACGUCAUGCGGACGGGACCUACACCAGCGACGUCAGCUCCUACCUCCAGGACCAGGCUGCCAAGGAGUUUGUCUCCUGGCUGAAAACUGGCCGAGGCAGACGAGAGUAAAGCCCCUAGUCCCCUCUGACCCCUGACCCCUGACCCUCUGACCCUCUGACCCCUGACCCCUGCAAACAAGCAGACAGCUCGUCUGUUGCAGCUCAUGCGCCUCCACCCUCUCCACCCUCUCCACCCUCUCCACCCUCGGCCUGUUUUAUAACCUGUGUCCUACUUUAUCUGGUCAUGCUAAUAAAUUU